AUGGAUGGACUGCAGGAUGAUGUCGACGUGUCCAUUUCAAGUUCGUCUGUGCAGCGACCCACGCAGAGCCACCCAAACUAGCCCCAGUCUUGAUAUGUUGGCUGAUGCCGACGUCAGCAUCAGGCAGCCCUCGUCCGUCAAUCUGUACAGCUACCUGGUCACUCGUCCACACACACACACACACACAUACUCCGUCACCCACACACACAUCGCAGCUAUGCUAUGCACCCCAUAAGUGUCGUCAGCUAAGAGAAUGGCCCCGCUGCCCCUCUGCUAUGAAUGAUCCACCACACACAACAGCCGGCCUGACAGACACCACCAUCAACACACACGCACACACAGAGAGAAAACGAGCAGACACGAACGUGGUCAUAUCUGAUCACGAAUGAGUGCCAUUUCCCCACCUUCAGGCGUUGCGAACUUCAGUCACGACGGUGAAGUCUGGCCCACGGUGCUCGUGUCUGAUUGUGAAGCCCUCGAUGACAUUGUUGGCGCCGUCAGGGAGGGAGGCCUCGAUGGAAGCAUGCUGCUCAGCUGUCGUGUCGUCGACCGUCAGCCCCACACGCCGCAGGCCCCUGAUGUGCGGGAUCGCCGACGAGAGGCUGGUGCGGACGAAGAUGCCGGCAUCCUGUACACCAUCGGGCACUGAAGGGGAGGGAACACACAGACAAGGCAGCAAUGAGGAUGGACGGGCACACUUCUCUCAGCGUACGGGUCAGCUCGAAGUCUAGUUCCCUGAUCGUCGGCAACUCGUUGGCCGCCCCCACCAGCUGGGCGACGCCGAUGUCCCCCACCGACACCGUACCCACCUCCCUGUCCCUCCCCAGAUCCGUCAACACGCCCACCUUCUCCUCGGCACCCGACACCCUUCGAAUGUCCACCCUCCCCACCUUCUUGGGCAUCUUGCUGGUGAACAGCCGGGCGGCUGCACCACCCAGCCUGCUCCGGACGUCCAGCUCUGAGGCUUCGGGGAACGGCUUGAGAUGGCUGAUGAUGGCGGGGUGGGGCGGUGGGGUGUUGGCGGGGGGGUGGAAGCCAGGGGCCCUCUCGACCUCUACGUGCGUGGCCUUGUCAAAUGAGAGGCUGGAUGCGAUAUCGAUGGCUGACGGGCUGGGGUCGCUGUGCGGGUCGGUGAUGCCGUCCUGAGUGAAGACGUAGUACACACCCGUGGCCUGCUCUGCCAGCUGCUGUAUCAUGCUCUUGAGUGAGGGUGAGGGGUGGGUGGCGAACACGUCGUGGUAGAAGAUGGAGAGGUCGAAGCGGAAACCGGUCAGGUUGGUGACCGUGAGUGGGGCGUUUGGCAGGCAGCACGCGCCGACCAUUCGGUCCAGGGCCAGCAGCACCGGCAAUGUCGGGCGGCUGAUGCUGGCAUCGUGACCGGCCGCUGCAGCAUAAUCCACACUCCUGUCCACGUGCAGCUCCUUGAGUGACCGUCGGCAGCCACGCGCAACGAGCACUUUCUGCAAACAAGAACACACACACAUGCAGGAAGGACAUCAUGAGCCAAUCCACGGGCGCUGCUGGUCUGCCCUUUGUGGUCACCUCAAGCCGAUCUAUGCCCGCCGGAUUGUCCUCUCUCACCACGAUGGUGCCGAUGCUCUCCAGCUGAGCGAGUGGCCCUCCCUGCUGCCCAACAGGUGUCGCAGGGAUGCGCUCGAACACAUCCGCCCACUCCUCAUCCGCAAAGCGACCGUCCACACACCGCAGUGAGCGGGACGAGCUGAUGAACUGGCCCAAUCUGUCAGCGUCCCAAUUGCGUUGCUUCGCGGUGGCGAGUGAGGGCAUCCGCCAGCUCCGGUUGGCCAGACCAUCAUGCCAGAGGGUCAGGCCGGUAAUGGUGGUGAGUGCGUCGAGGGUCGGGGGCGGGUCGAGAGGAGCGGGGAGGCGCGGAUGAGUCCUCGAGAGUCUCGCCGUGCCGGUCAGCCGAACACCUUGGAUGGUGAUGGUCUGCAGGGUCCCUUCGGUGAGGUUGGCUGCCCGUCGGCCGGCAAUGUCAAUGAUGGCCACAAAGACGUCGAAACACCACGUGAAACGGCUGGGACCGAGAGGGUACCGGAGGGUGAUUGACGUGAGGCGGGUGAGUCGUGCGGCCAGCUGGGUGACGAAGGCGAGAUGGACGUGCUGCCAAAACAACCGCUCCUCCUUGGACGACCGCUCCUCCUUGGUGGCUGAGCUGAUGGUGACGUCCGAGAGGUGGGGUGCGGCGUGCGGCCAGAUGGACCUGGCCAGCUGCACCAUCAGAUUGAUGGGCAAGAAGGCCAUCAUGUAGCUGAGAAGGCCCUCCUGAAGCACAGCCACACAGCACACGGGACGGCAAGAGAUUUCCAUCAGUAUACGCAUUCCCUCAGUGGGUCGGUGCCACACUCACCGUGUCAGUGAUUUGUUGCCGAAGGUUCUGCUCCCUCUCCUCUCGUCGCUGCCGCUCCUCGUCACUCUCAACACCACCACAACCACCACCACCAGCCGCACCACGAGCACCGCCACGAGUCCUCUUGACCUGCACCCAUACACCAAACACAGACAGCCAACAUCCGUCUGGUGAAAUGCGCCAUUCAUUGCCAGCGGUGCUGUGAUGCGCCUCGCCUGUCUAUCGUCCUCCAUGGUUGGCUGUUGUAGAUCUGACUCAGCGGCUGGGCUCUCCGCUGCGAUGAGAACUCCAAGACCUUCUCUGAGGCCGCUAAUUAACCAAUGCUCACAUCUAUGACGUCCCUCCCUGACGCACAAACACACACAGCACAUGAGGGCAGCACCGAUGGCGAAUUCGCCCUCUCUCUGCCCCUUCUGGCGUACCUCAGGACGACGUGAUGUCAGUCUGUCAGUCCAAGGAGCGGUAAGAGGGCUCGGCCGCCCCUCGAUGCUGCGCAGCGCAAGGGUGCCUGCGUUGCAACGGAGGAUGCAUCAAUCAGCACCUUGCUCAGCACAUUGAAUGAGUGGCGCCAUCUCACCUGCAGCUCAGCUGAUACGCCCCGUCGGUGGUUAGUUAGCUACGCUCUCCGCCAGUCAGCCGACCUCGUGUGGUCUGGGCGUGUCUAUUGGCC